AAUACCUACUGGCACAGACCAAAACAAUCGGUUUGAAAGGGUAAGGAUCUGCUACCAACUAAAUGAUCCAACACUAUUACAACAUAUGACUCACUGCAAUGCACAUUGAGAACAUCUCUCUUAUAAUUCAUAUAUAGAUGUUCCCGAUUUACGGCUGCCAUCGCAGUUUGGAACGAUGUGGGGACCGUUGUUGGUAGCUGAUCCGAACUUAGUACCAACUUACCAUCUUCGUUUCUUUCACUUCUCAUUAGAUCCGGAUUGAUAUUCGGGAGUCGGGAUGGAUAAUGUUUUCUCCAUGUGAGCCGUGGACCACCAGAUUAACUCCUGAACCAGAGAGCCUGUGUCUGAGAUAUCCCACGCGUCACUUGUGCACAUGGCCCCACUUUCACUCAGAUUUUUUCUUGUGGACGAUAGUUACACGUGGCCCCACUUUCAUUUUCCACCUUUCGUGCCUUCGUGGAGUGAUUCUAUAUUCUAUUCAUGGCAAAUGAUUUCAUACCCACAAUUCCAGUCUAAUAAAAUGCUCCAUGAAUGCAGAGACAUUGGAUGUAAGGACCCAAAUUUUCAAAUUUUCAUAAUGGUACGUUUUAGAGCUCAUGGACUAGCUCACUAGCCUUGAAAAGCUAUCUGUUUCAUGCAAACAUUCACCCUCAGCUCGUUUGCAUCCAAAAAUUAAAUAAAAUCAAAUUAUCUAGACCUUUCUCUGUCUCUCUCUCUCAUUCAGCAACCAUAAAUAGUUCAUCAUCUGAAAUGAAAUCUGUGUCAUCCGAAUUUCUGAACACAAACAGAGAAAGGAUGGAUGCCUUCUCAUCCUCUUUCUUCCAACACCCAAAUCUCCUUCUCUCUCCUCCUCCUAAUAAGUCCACCACUGCAACAGUUACCUCUCCUCACAGUCCGCUCUUCACCAUCUCCGCAGUUAGAAUUGAAGAGAGAUCCCAGAGCACAACAAAGACAAAGCCAGCUACUCCACGCCAGCCUCAGAAACCAGAAACCCCACUCAGUUCCACCACCACCACCACCACAAGAAUUGCUUCACCUACCACCUCACCUACUACAAGGAUUCAGACUCCUCCGGUAGGCACUACCUCUGCUACUAGAAGAACCCCUGAGUUGUCUAUUCCAUUCACCAUCUUUAAUGCAUUCGACGACAUCAUCAACAACUUCAUCGACCCUCCCCUCCGCCCCUCCGUCGACCCAAAAUACGUUCUUGCUGACAACUUCGCUCCCGUCGACGAGCUUCCCCCCACCGACUGCCCCGUUAUAGAAGGGAAGCUUCCACCGUGCCUCAAUGGCGUCUACAUCCGAAACGGUCCCAACCCACAGUACCUUCCACGUGGUCCUUACCACCUUUUCGAUGGCGACGGCAUGCUUCACUCUCUCCGCUUUUCCGGAGGCCGUGCCACCUUCUGCAGCCGCUACGUCAAGACUUACAAGUACAAUGUCGAGAGACAGCUCGGCCAUCCCGUGCUGCCAAACGUUUUCUCAGGCUUUCAUGGCCUCACAGCAACUGUCGCCCGGGGAGCAGUUUCUGCCGGAAGAAUCCUUACAGGGCAGUAUAACCCCAUUAACGGCAUCGGUCUUUCCAACACGAGCCUUGCCUUCUUUGGAAACCGACUCUUCGCUCUGGGCGAGUCAGAUAUUCCCUACCAAGUUCGAUUGACUCCAGAAGGAGACAUCCAGACUAUUGGACGUUGGGACUCCGACGGCAAACUUUCCAUGAGCAUGACGGCCCACCCGAAGAUAGACGCCGACACCGGCGAGGCCUUCGCAUUCCGGUACGCCCCUGUGCCACCAUUUCUCACCUACUUCUACUUCGAUGCGAACGGGGUGAAACAGCCGGACGUGCCCAUCUUCUCCAUGACCCGUCCAUCGUUCCUUCACGACUUCGCCAUAACAAAAAAGUACGCCAUCUUCGCUGACAUACAGAUAGGGAUGAACCCAAUGGAGAUGAUCGUGGGAAGCGGGUCUCCAGUGGGUUCAGACCCCGCGAAGGUAUCUAGAAUCGGCGUGAUUCCACGGUACGCCAAGGACGAGUCCGAGAUGAGAUGGUUCGACGUACCUGGCUUCAACAUCAUUCACGCCAUCAACGCGUGGGACGAAGAGGACGAGGACGCAAUAGUCUUGAUCGCGCCUAACAUCUUAUCGGUGGAGCACACCUUGGAGAGAAUGGAACUGGUUCACGCUUUGGUGGAGAAGGUGAGGAUCGACCUCAAGACCGGUAUUGUGUCGAGGUUCCCCGUGUCGGCGAGGAACAUAGAUUUCGGGGUGGUUAACCCAGACUUCACGGCGAAGAAAAGCCGGUACGUGUAUCUCGGCGUUGGGGAUCCCAUGCCCAAGAUAUCGGGGGUGGUGAAACUGGACGUGUCGGGGGAGCAGCGCCAGGAUUGUACCGUGGGAUGCCGGAUGUUCGGGCCGGGAUGUUUUGGGGGAGAGCCGUUCUUCGUAGCGAGUAACCCCGAAAGCAGGGAUCCGGCCGAUGAGGACGACGGGUACGUGGUGUCGUACGUGCAUGAUGAGAAUUCCGGGGAGUCGAGGUUCUUGGUGAUGGACGCCAGGUCUCCGACGCUGGAGGUUGUGGCUGCCGUGAAACUUCCCCGUCGGGUGCCCUACGGCUUCCAUGGCCUCUUUGUAAGUGAGGCGGAUCUCAGAAGCUGUAAAGUGUAAAGUCAAAAAAAUAAAAAAAAAAGUGCAAAUAGGAAGAUGUGGAAGGAUUGGAGAUGUUAAUGGGACCUACUGUUAGACAAUUAAUUUGAGUGGAGAGAUAUACGGAUGCGAUUGAAUGAUGAAUGGUGAUCAAUCAUCAUCAAAUCCACCCAUUGGAAAUGAUAUUGUAACUAUAUUUUCAUAUUUUGUAAAUACUUAGAAAAAAUGAGGGAGUCACAUUUGCACCUUAUAAAUUAUCAUUCAGAUAUUAUUAUUCA